GGUGCACUCCAUUAUAAUUCGCCUGUCCGCCUCCUCACGGCCUCUCUUCCCCGCCCAUUCCCCGAGCGCGUUCCUGCCUGGCUGCCAUGUCGCUUUCGCUGCAUUCCCGCCACUCGAGUGUAGAGAGCAAGGCCGCGCUCCUGGGCGAUGCGCCACGCUCCCCCGACGACUUCCUCCCCACCAACAUCCCCCGCUCCAGCAGGUCCCGACGCGUCUUGCUACUCGCGUGCGCGGGGCUCGGCGUAACUUCGAUCGUCGCGCUCGCCACUUUCGCUCUCUGGUCCUCUACGUCCUCUAGCAAUGGCCAGCAGCCUCCGCUCAUUGUCCACCCGACGCAUGAGUUCGAAUACAACCCGGAGCAUUACCUGAUGGGUCCCCCAACGGACAGUUUCCGAGAGAAUCUGCGUCCCGAGCUUCAGUACAUCACUUCUUGGGUGUCCGCUGGCUGGACGAACGAUGUCAUGACCUACACGAAUCUCAUUUAUCUCGCGAUUAUCACUCGCCGGAUCCCAAUCAUCGGGGCUUUCACUCCCUCUCAUGUCGGCAGCGACGUCCCUCCCAUUCCUUUUGGCGAGGUCUUUGACGUCCCGCGUCUCUCCGAGGAAAUCGGCAUCCCAGUCUUGGAGUGGCACCAGGUCAAGGAUUCAGAAAGCGAGGUCAUCGAUCCCGUUGGUUGCUGGAAUAUCUGGCAAACAAUGCGCCCAUCGGAAACUGUCGCUCACUACAGUCGCGUCCCCCACUUAGUCGGUCUAGACAUCUCAUACACGAAGGUGCCACCCUCCGUUAAGCUUCCCAACACUGGACCCAACGAUCUGCACGUGUCGUAUUGGGCGCUGGCAUCGCUCGGUUUCCCUCAAGAAUACCAGGCCAAUGUCGACCGAGAAGAGCACUCGCCUUCUCCUCAGCUUGGCCUAGAGCUGUUGCCAGAUGAGCAGUUGAUGUGCUUCGACUUCCUCUACUACGCGUCGGCGUUGAACACGUAUGAAUACGAGCAUGACUACAGCCCAGCGUGGAACGCUGUCGCCGCCCACAUGCACUGGGAGCCCAAGUUGCAGGCGCUCGCGGAUUCCUACCUGCGCAAGACGUUCGGUGUCAGCGAGCAUGAUGACGUUCCUCCGUACAUCUCGCUCCACAUUCGGCGCGCCGACUUUGCCGUCUGGUGCCAGCUGCCGGUGGAGGAGUGCUUCCCGCCGCUCUCCGCGUACGUGGACGCCGUGCAGGCCGUCAAGGACGAGCUGCUCGAGACGCGCGGGCUGUCGAUCGAGCACGUGAUCGUGACUAGCGACGAGCGGGACCCCGACUGGUGGCAGGAAAUUGCGGCAGUCGGCUGGUCUUUCCCCGACCACUCGCAGACGUCUGCACUCUACGGAAAGUGGUACCCCGUCCUCAUCGACGCCGUCAUCCAAUCCGGAGGCGUUGGUUUCGUUGGGACGUGGAAGUCCACCAUGUCCACCAUGGCUCGCCGUCGGUCCGAAACCUGGCACGACGGUGUCUCCCGCACCGUCGCCUUCCCUGCCUGAAUGCGAGGACUCUGACGACCCACAACCAACCAGGACAACUGGACUGUUAAGAAUUCUAACUUGAAAUGGACUGCACGGAAUCUAUUUGUUUACUUACACGCCUGUACGACUUACCACUACAUUCUCCGUGCUAUGCACGCUCCCGUCUCGCUCUCCCUACACGCUGCUGUAUUCGCAGCUUUCCCUGCAGCUAGCGCGCCCGCUGGCGCUUGCUCUAUCACGCUCAUUUGGACGCGAGCCGGACGCUCUACACUAACCAUUGUAUUUAUACCACCUACCUUCAUAAUCGCUCCAUAGCCUUGUUGAAAUUUGUAUGUUUCUGUAUUCACCAUAGAGUCGGGCGCCCGGCCGGAACCUUCUCAACCUC